AUGAAAAGCGUGUAUGCGAAUCAAAUUGGCAGGAAUUUCUUCAAAUUAACAACCCAAACCACACCAAAUGGAGAGACCACAACUAGUCUUGUUCACAUUCCGUACGGAAGGGGUCUGGCCCAGCUGUCUCAAACGCCUUCAACUCCUCAGGCUGCUCAUGUUAAUGGUCAUGCGAAUGCAGCACCUCACCUUAACGGAGAACAUCAUUAUUCGCCACAAGUGCAGCAAUCACAUCAACCUCCUACUGCUCAAAUACAAUCGCAAGUCGCUCAUCAAGCUACGCCUUCAUGCUCACAAGGACCUAUGCCAUCGUCAUCAGUAGCUGUGCCAACAAUCACUGAUGCUGGUCGUACUGUCGUGAAAUCUCAGGGAGUUGAGCCAGUCUUUGUGGCACCACCUUCGUCGGUUCAUGCACGCCGUGUGUUGCACUCGGAAACAUAUCUUAGGUAUAUUGAGUCACUUUCAUCGAAUCGCCAACGCUCUGUCUCGAAAUGGGAUGCAUCGCUGAGCACAAACCCGCGUAAUGCGCAGCCGAAUGCAGCUCGACCGCCUCCGACACAUUGGAUCAGA